CUCUCUCUCUCCCCCCCCCCCCCUCUCUCUCUCUCUGGAUCUCGAUCGACCCCUCGCUGGCAUCACACCGGCGGCGAUGGACGACCUGGAAUUGCAGAAGAUACAAAUCUUAGGGCCCACAUUAGCUUCCAUCCUACAAAGGUUCUCCUCCUCUCCCGGCGACGUCGACGGCCUUCUCUUUGGCCGGUUCUCCCUCAUCACCCGUUCCACCUUCUCCGACGACAACCCCUCCACCGCCGCCGCCGCCGCCAGCACCUCCUCUUCCGAAUCCCCCACUCUUAUAGCCACCAUCACAUCUUUCGUCUGCUCCUCCUCCACCUCCACCUUCUAUACCCCCACGGGCGACAUCAAGAUCCCCCCCCUCCAACGCCUCCUCCCCACCUCCGCCUCCGACCACCACCACCACUCCCUAAUCGGCUGGUUCUCCGGCCGCCGCAGAACCCCCCUCCGCCCAUCCCUCCGUGAAUCCUCCGUGACCUGUUCUCUCUCCUCCAACAUCCAACUCUCCGUCCAAGUCGACAACGUUAGUCUCUCUCCCUGCGUCUUUCUCCUCCUGACGACGCCGAUUCAGGAACAACUCAUCCACACUCACGAGUACAAAGCCUAUCAGUUCCGACUAUCCACCGAGUCCUUCCAGGCUAAAACCCUAGAUGUGGUUAACAUCGGCCCGGCGUUCCGCGGCCAUUACGGUGCGUUUUCGCCUAACUCUAUAUUUCCGGCGUUGCCUUGUAAGUUGAGUGGGCUGAGUUCGAUGGCGGAGGACCGAUCGGCGGAGAGCGAGAACUUAAGGAGUACGAGGAGGGUUUCCAAGGAUCAGAAGGACCUCGAUGUGUGGGCCGAGGGGUUCGAUGUUGGGCGGCUGAGUCGGUUGAUAGGCUCUGAGGCCACAAAUUACACCGUGGAGUUGGAGGAAUUGUAUAGAAAGAUGCUGGCCAAGCUCGAUGGAUUGGCAAGGCUCGUGGAGAAGAGUUCUGCGAGGGUCCUGGAACAAGAAAAUCAUAAUAUGAAGUUGAGGUACAAAGUUGCUGGCAUGGAGUAGCUGCAUGAUAUUUAAGGUCUCAUUCUCCUGGUUAUUUAAGAUCGAUACAGGAGAAUGUGCGAACAAAUUUUUGGAGCUCAAACUGUAAGAAAUGCAUAAUCGACAUGAUGGGUCCAAGCGUUUGUUGUGGUUGGCCUUAAGUUGAUGGAUGCAGUGGCCUAUUUUCUGUCUAGUGUGGGAGGAUGCCAUUUUGUUGUUGCUUGAAGGCCCUUGUUUUACUAAUCCUCCCAUGUAUUUACAAAUUGUCCCUUUUUUCCCCCCUUGAUUUGAAUCUUGUUUGUGGAUUUGAAGUUUGUCCAGUUCUUUGUUUUCUUUGCUGCUCGGUUUCUUCUUUUCUUUCUGCCUCUUCGAAGGUCAAGAAGAAGCUGAAGCCCCAUUGACUUCUUGAAAGCAAAAUAUAUCAGCAUUAAGUAGAGAGAAAUCAUGUUAA